ACGGCAUGCGACGCAGCAAAAGUACGUGAGCAUUUCUUGAGAUCUAGAGAAGAGCUUUUAUGACGUCGAGGAUGAUUUUUCCUGAUUGAAGAGAUUAUAUUACAGGCGCCUUGGAGAAUGAAAUGUGCUUCCGGGGAGAUAGCCAUGAUGCCGCUCAUGUGGCGGGAGGAACUGGGCCUCUUUAAACGCCAAUAUCUCCAACUCCAGCUAAGCCUCAAAUACCCGGCAAAAGAAUGCUUGAAGCAUGAGGAGUUUCAACAAUUGUUGUACUCUGAGAUCUUCUCGGAAGAUGCAAUGAAAUGGUAUCCGCCGCAACGGUAUCAGCUGCGGGUUCUAAAGGAGCUCGUGAAGCGGAUCGAAGCGAGCAUUACCGAUUGGGAAGAGGAAAGUAUUUCUGACGACCUAAUGAACUCCUUCGCCUCCCUCCUCACCACCACCAUCCCACCCGAAGCCGUCGCCGCCCAGGAGAAGUCAUACGUGACCUACACCCUCUCCAACCUCCUCCAGCCGUCAUCAUCCGCACCAUCGCCCUCACCACCGUCCUCGCCCUCCCCAACCGACCCCCCCACCAUCACCAUCCUCGAAUCCCGCAACCUCCUCGGCGGCACCGGCACCACCGGCUUCCGCACCUGGGAAGCCUCCCUCCAACUAAGCUCCUUCCUCAGCUCCCCCACCCUCCCCCCCUCGCUCUCCCUCCGCGGCAAAUCCGUCCUCGAACUCGGCUCCGGGACAGGCUACCUCUCCAUCUGCUGCGUCAAGUACCUCGGCGCCACGCACGUCACCGCCACCGACGGCUUCGACACCGUGAUGACGGACCUAGGAACCAAUCUCUUCAUCAACGACCUGCAGGACUCGCCCCUCGUCAGUACGCGGGAACUGAAAUGGGGCCACGCACUGCUGGGGAAUGAGGACGCGACGUUCCUCGAGCAUCGGAGCCCGGAUUUCAUUAUCGGCGCGGACGUGACGUACGAUGCUGCGGCGCUGCCGGCGCUGGUUGCUACGUUUAGGGAUUUGCUGGAGUUGUUUCCGAAGGCGCAGGUGGUCAUUGCGUCGACGGUGAGGAAUGAGGAGACGUAUGGGAAGUUUUUGGGGUUGUGUGGGAGGUAUGGGUUUGGGCUUGAGCAUUUGGAGUGGGAGGCGAUGGAGUCGGAGUGGCAGAGGGGGCCGUUUUAUGAGACGGUUAUGCCGGUGAGGAUUUGUAGGAUUACUGUGGGGGGAGGAUGA